AUGGAGGGGGGAGAGGGGGCUGAAUCCUCCUCUCAAAUGGGAGGAGCCUCACCGCGAGGACAAAAUGGCGUCAUCAACACCCACCUGUUGGGGGCGGAGCCUCGUGAGGCGCUACUGUCCGUGUACUCGGCACCUCAGUAUCAGGGUCGUGUGGUGGUUAGCGCCCCCUCUCAGCAGGAGCCCAGCGGUGCUCCUCCUCAGCUCCUCAAUCCCAGCGCUCUCCUUCCCCACCAGGUGGUGCCGGACCCCCGCCUCCGGCCGGCCGCCGGCCUCCUGCUGUGCCCGGAGAGCGUGCUGAGGGCCUGGGGGGAGGCUGGAGGAGGAGACUGCUGUGAGACCACCUUCAUCGAGGGGCUCGGUCUUGAUGCCUCCUCUGCUGCCCCCGCUGCCUCCACAAAGGAGGUGCUGCUGUUUGCUGAUGGGAAGUUUCUGGAGUUUUCUGGAGAUGAAGCAAAGAUUCACACGCUGUCGUAUGACAUCGACGACGACGACGACUUCCAGGAGCUCGAGAGCGAUUACUCCAGCGAAUCAGAGAGCGAGGACGCCUUCCUGCUGAUGCCUCCCAGAGAUCACCUGGGCCUCAGCGUCUUCUCCAUGCUCUGCUGCUUCUGGCCGCUCGGCAUCGCUGCCUUUUACCUGUCGCAUGAGGUGAGCACAGACUGGGACUAA